AUUCGUGUCCGUGUUGCGGGUUCUAACAAUUUUCAAGUCGGUCGUGUCCGUCCGAAAAUUCCUUCCAGUUAGUAUAAAAACUGACUUCUGACAAAAUGCAGCAAUCACACCGUGUUAUCUAGAAGCGACUUUCUCUCAUAGAAUAGACCGUGAGCAAUAAGGUGACUUCAUAGUGUCGACAAGAUUGUGCUUUGCUUUACAUUACUGCUCAUGAUCUCGGUCGUAUUAUUGGAAGCUGAGUAUUCUUUGGUUUUGAGAAAGCGUUUUGAUCCAGAAUCGACGCGUGGCAGUUUACCACCUACCUCUGUAUCAGUCGUACACGCAGAAGCGAAGUGUAGUGUCACGAAGGGAACCUCUACAGCAGCGACGUUUUGCGUAAAGGAAGCGUCAAGAAGCCAUACGAACGCGUCAACGCUAUGUUCCACCCCCAAAUAAGCAUCCCAUAUUUUCUGGUCACAAUAUUUGAGGCGGCAGCCAAAAACAGAAAAAAACCUGCGGAUCCCCCGAGAACGAAAGACAAUAAUGAAACUUUCUACCUACACGAUCUUUGCCGCUCUUCCGGUCAUGGCGGCUGCUUACAACAUGGGCGGUUAUCGCUUUGCCCGUCCUCUCUACGUUCGCGGCGUCCGUUGCGAACCUUCGACCCGGGGCAAAAGCCAGUGCCAGCCAGAUCCGGUAGACCAGGCCUUUCAAAAUCUCGAGAAUCAGGUUACCGGAAAUGCUCGUGGUCGACGUCGUCGGUGGAAGAAUGAAGAAGAGAUGCUCCGUCAACAGCAGGAAUGGGUCAAUCGUGCGUUCGGUCUUGCCUCGGAAGUUGCGUCCAAGGUCAAUGCCAACAAAGGAGAAGUUCGGGACGAAGUUCUUCGACAGCAGCAAGAAUGGACGAAUAGAGCUUUUGCGAUUGCCAAUGAUGUAGCCACUGGCCGUACGACCCCUCGGUAUGAAGUGAACGACGAUAAUGAGGCCUUUUCUGUGGCGUUGGAUGUUCCAGGUGUCAAAGCUUCAGACAUUGACAUUUCCGUAGAUGAAGAAGAGCAUGUCUUGAUGAUUUCGGGAGAACGAAAGGUUGGGCGUGGCGAGGAUGCGCGGGUGAACAAGUUUUCCAAGAGCUUUUCGCUGGAUAGCUCUACUCAGACCGAACAAUUAACCGCAAGGUUGAGCAAUGGAGUUUUGAUGAUUACGGUACCGAAAGAAUUUAAAAAGAAGGAAAGUACUGUGAGGAAGGUAGCAAUAGUCGAAGUGACAGACGAUGCUACGCCAAUCAAUGAAGUUCGGAAUAAAGAGAAUGAGGACCCGCCUGUAUCCGAGAAGGACUAUGUUGAGAAAGAUGAUGCGGAAGAUGAGACCAAGCCCACCAAAGACGAGUAAGAAUAAGUCAACUAUUAGAGAAGUAUGCUUUCAUU